UUUAAUUCUUACUGUUAGUAAAGUACUUUCAAGUUGAUAAACAUAAAGUGUUAACCAGUUCAAUGACUGACCCUGGACAGAAAUAUGUAGUGCUGACUGUGAGAAAAAAUCAGCUCAGGUAUCUUAUAACAACUAUAGGAGCAUGACACAACUCCCAGCACAGCUGACUCCCUCUAUGUAGCUUAGCCCAAAAUUAUUUCUUGAUUGGCACUUCUGGUGUUGAGGUGGAUCCUACUGCUACCACAGCUGUUCCUACUACAGUUAUCAUUACUUUGACUUCAGUGGCUUUGGGUCCACAGUUGUUGGAGGACAGUGUUACAGCCUCAAUUCGCUGGGAGUUGGCCACAUUCAUGCAGACCCCUGCUCUAUCUGUGGAUUAUUCUCUCAUACCUUGUUUAGGGGUAUCUGAAUGAAAGGAUGGAGAUUUUGACAGCCUGGUUUCUCCCCCUUCCUAUGCCACUCAGUCACAUUUAGCUCCAGUGGAAGUGCCCAGGCCUUCUCCUCCUUUCCUGGAUUUAAUACACUAGAGGCAACAGCAUGUAUUGAUCAGGCUGGUGGAGUUCAAAAUAUUAAACUAGUUUAGAACAGACAUUUUAGACCCUGGAAACAAAAUGGCAGCAAUUUUUACCAGAUUUAAGAAAAAACCUUCAACUGAAGAGAUACUGGUGAAAUUGGAAAAGGACAUCAACAGAACUUUAGAGUACAAAAGGACUACAGAGCAAACACGGAAGCAUCUCAUCGGAUCUCUAAUCCUUUACUCUGUUUUCCUGUAUGUUAUAGUUGCUGUUGUCUUUUAUUUCUGGUAUUUUCCCAAUACAUUACUGGAUGGGCUUGUGCAUUCUUUACCCCUCUUUAUUUUUCCUCUUCUAAAAGUGAGGAAAAAAUUCCUGCUUCUGGUCGAAAAGGAUCAUAUCUCCAGAGAUGGAGUUGCGUCGUAGGUCAGCUGCUUCAAGAGGAAUUUCCACAGUCUCCCAUCCAAGAUUAAGUGCUGUUAGGCCUAGUUACCCUGCUAUACAAAUGUACAGUCCGUACUCUACCUUUAUAAAUAUGCCUCAUCAGAAUAGACAGU